AUGGACGAAGAGAAGUGUAGCACCAAAUCGUAUCCAUGGGUUCCUCUUGAAGUGACCGUAGAAAUACUCUUAAGACUGCCAGCAAAAUCGGUGGCGAGGUUUAGUUGCGUCUCUAAACUCUGGUCAUCUACCACCACCACUCCAUGGUUCAUCAAGUCGUUCGCAGUUCACUCGUCGGCUCGGCAGUCUAUUCUUUCCGUCAAGAAAGUAAAGGGUAAGCAAACCUUCUUCUCGUUGCCGCAUCAUCAACAGGACCCCGAAAGUCCUUCUGCUUUUGUGAAGAAUUUUGAGAUGAUGGUUCCAAAAGGAGACCAUUACCCAACUUAUAAUAACAACAUCGGGAACGUCUUUAACAUUCGUGACUCCAUAUGUGGCUUGGUAUGUUUUGAAAAUAUUGACAGCGUCAUAAUUUGGAACCCUACCUUGAGACAGACUGUCACAUUGCCACAGCCUUAUAAGAUCACUAAACCCUUAACAAGCCUUUUGGGAUACGAUCCAAUCGCUGGUGAACACAAAGUGUUGUGCAUGUCAGUGUCACUUAGAAAAGAUCUUGCAAAGAAGAAUGGGGAAGACGACCCUCAGAUCUUCACACUGAGAGCUCAUGAGUCAUGGAGAAAAACCAAAACCAGCCCUAUUCAUCUCUCGAUGACAAUGAGAAGUUGGAGAUGCAUCAACGGAGUUCUUUACUACUACGGGAUGGAUCAUAACACAGUGAGCUUUGAUGUGAGGUCCGAGAAAUUCUUGGUUAUAAAUAAACCAGAUUGUGACAUGUCUUAUCUACCUAGUGCGCUACAUAGUUUAAUAAACUACCGUGGAAAAUUAGGCUGGAUAUAUGAUGGACCUUCUUCAGUACUAUGGGUUUUAGAGGAUGUUGAGAAACAAGAAUGGUCUAGUAGAAGACUUUUGGUUCCUUUUCGCAGGCAUGGGUAUCUGAAGCUAAGUGGUGCUACUGGUGAUGGUGAGUUGAUUUAUGCACCAACGGGCAGGCCGGAUCGACAUGGACCAUUUGAUGAAUUCUAUUAUUACGAUCUCAAGACAAAUAUUACAAGAAAAGUCACAUACCGUGGAAUCGAUGAUUACUGGUUCAAUUUUGUAUCUUUUCCGAAUCAUACUGAGAGUCUUGUGUCUUUAGUCUUCUAA